UCCGAUUUGAUUUUUUCUUGUUAUCAUGUUUUGGUUGCAUUUUGUUCUUAUACGGUAUUAUAACUGGGGCUUAGACUAGCUUUUGGUGUUUUGUGAUUAAAGAUAUUUGUUGCAAUGAAAGUCAGAAAGACCAAGUUUUCAGUAUCCAAGAAAUAUUAUUUUCGAAUCCAGUUAGAGUUUGAAAAUGAAGGGUACAAAGAUAUUGGAGAAACUAUGUUCAAAUUUGCAGUUCAGCAAGCUGUCAAGAAUUUAUGUGGAGAGAUAGGGGAAAGCUUUGUGGAUGUACUGAAGUAUGAUCCUUUAUUUCGUGAGGCUAUAUUGGUCACCUGUGAAAGGUUCAGAGUUCAGCUGCAUGGUGCUUUAACAUUGUUUAAUUGCUAUGAAAACAAACGAUGUGCAUUUAGGAUACACCAGAUCUCCUCUAAUCUGAUGAACCUGGUUAGUGACAGCAGAAGGAUAGGGCUGCCAAUAAAAUCUGUUUGAUCUCACAUAUACAUGUGGAGUCCCCUAACCCACUGGAAGUACAUGUAUUAAUACACUUGAUGAAGACAAAGGACAAGUAGACCCUCAUGGACAGAUUUCAAGACCAUGCUAUACAACUUGUAUGGGUUCAAUGGAUUUUGACUGUUUUAUAAAAUAUUGACUGACAGUGUACAUAAAUAUGUACAUGUAUUAUGCUCAUACAUGUUGACAAUUAAAAAUCUUUUUAAUAAGAGAAUGAUUUUAGUCUGUCCCAGAAUAUUUAUGCAGCACAUCUGGAAAUUUUUUAGUAAAAGGACACAUACCUGUGAAAAAAGUGCAGUUGAAAUUGAUGAAAGGGAAUAUAUCCAAGAUAUCUUCAUUGACACAUUUAUCAUUUUUCACUCUGAAAAAUUAACAGGAGCGAAAACAGAUGUCUGAGUUAAAAGAUUUAUAAUGUGAAAUGUUUACGUCUAUUCUCCAGUUGUACUUCUACAGAAGUCACCCGGAAUACCUAGCACCAUUUUUCACUGUUAACAUUCGAGUACUUUCAUUUCUUAAUCCUAUACUUCCAAAACAAAAAAUCUUUCCUACCAUAAUUUUUUUUCCCCAAAUCAUGAAAAUCCUAAUUUCAAAGGUACAUUAAGGAACAAUUAUAUUUUGCGGCAAAAAAAAGUACGGGGGCUGAAC